CGAAAUCUCUACACAAAUGGUGAUGUGGCUGCUUGGGUUUACCAUGAUCGUCGGCACCUUCACAAUGUCUAGAGGAGCCACGAACACCGACGCUGACAUACUAGAUGUCUAUCCAUCCAGUAAAGGUGAUGGAAUCAAUGUAGUCUGGGCUCAUGCUGUCAACAGUGAUGCCACACUGACUGACGCUCUCUCAGAUGAGGCAGUGAUGAUGCUAGAAGCUGAUGUUAUCUUGCGCGAAGGCACCAACAUUCCUGUCAUGGCUCAUCCGCCUGCUGUCGAUAGCAACCUCACCCUAGAAGAGUGGCUGCUUCGUACGGUAGUCACUGAUAAGGGUAUGAAGUUGGAUUUCAAGCAGAUAGACGCUCUAGAUCCGGCCAUGGACAUGCUGGUGAAGAUGGAUAAAGACCUGCACGCCCCCUUGUGGAUAAACGCUGACAUAGUCUCGGGACCCAACAACCUGAAUGCCCCUGUGGAUCCUGUACAGUUCAUCGGGACAGCCGUGAGCAAGUUUCCACGCAUGGUGUUAUCUCUGGGCUGGACGACGUUGUACGUUUCCGGCGGUGAUGCGUACACGUGGAGGAUGAUGCUGGAUAUGAUGAAGCUUUGCUACGGUCUCCAGCAAGCCGUUACCUUCCCCGUCAGAGCCGUAUGGGCGCACUCCUCGUACGAUAAGUGGUUGUGGCUUACUCAGCUACGCCCCGACUUCACCGUCACUGUCUGGCACGGUGCCAACGAUCCCGUCAACGUCGACGGACUCGUCAGCCUCCGUCGCCAUGGCGACCCACGACGCAUCUACUACGACUUGCCACCCGAUCUAAAAAAGGAGUUUCUAGACGCAUUAGAGGAAGGGAACGUUACGCCGGGAGCAGGUGGGCUUCCCUACACGUGGAACUCCACCUACUGGCAAGUCUUCCCCGCGGAGCCCUCCCACGAGAUCUACAUGACAGAUAUGAACGUCGUGCUAGCUGGAGCUGGAUCGGACUCGGCCUCAUUAAACUACAGCGGAUCACUCGCCCACGUGGCGAGCAUCACCGGCCGCGUACGCUUCCUCAGCAACGACCUGCCCGGUAACCCCGGCGACGAGGUCGAACGAAGCUACGUUGCCGUGACGAUGGUCAUCGCCGACCACAUGCUCGUCGUCGGGUUCAACGACAAGGGUUUCGUCGAGAUACGGACAGAGGGCGCCGGCGGUGACGUCACGGUCGUCGCCUCCCACCAGGACGUCGCGUUGACAAGCGACUGCGUCAGCUUCGAGGUCGCGAUCGCCGGGAAACAAGUGAGCGCCACGUCCACGGUCGUGCGUUGCCGUGACGCCGCAGAUACCCCCGACAACGCCGGGGCGUCUGCUAGCGUGAUGUCACCGCUGGGCGGGGAGACGGUCGCUAAGCUGAGCGUGAGGAACACAGACGCUUGGCACGAUGCGCUCGUCGAGGACCUGACGGUUUCUUCUCGCAGCUCUGCCGGCAGCUUGCUCCCCGUUACCGUGGCAACGUACCUGUUGAUGACGAUGGUCGUCGGCUGUUCAGUUGUGUAGGUCACGUGACACAUCACACCGAAUAAGCAAUGUUUUCACGCCAUGGAUUAAAGAUAGAUAACCAUUAGGAACUAUCGUAUUCUUGUGUUUCAAUUUUCACGAAUACACGUGAACUCCAUUCUUUCUUUUUAAGGUCAGUACAUGAAAACAAAUGAAUAAAACGUGAUCACCGUA